AUGAACGUCCCGACCUGCACGCUGGGUCUGUCCGCCAACCCACGUUUGUCUGCUAUUAUCCAAGGCAUGAACGUCCCGACCUGCACGCUGGGUCGGCUUCCCAACCCUCAUCUGUCUGACUAUCCAAGGCAAAUGCGUCCCGACCUGCACGCUGGUACGGCGAACUGCCUUGGAUUAGGAGAGAGGGCGAGGAAAGCAGCCACGUUGGGCCUCCGCAAUGGCGAGUUGGGCCGUCACCCUCCUACCUUCCCUCGCCUCCAAUCCGGCGUUCUGCCCGCCGCCGGCCUCCUCUGUCCCGUCCCCUCCACUUCAACCUGUUUUUUAGCCUCCACCGCCAAUGGCAUCGAUCUCCGCUGCCCCUUCGGCCACCGGGAGUGGGUGCUUCGUGUCAGCGUGCCGUCAAGCGUGAUUCGUCCGAGGGCAGCGGAGGGCCUAGCGUUUGACCCCGUAAUGCUGCCGCUGUUCGGGCUAGCGGAGAUCCGCGCGGCCAUUCCCAAGCAUUUCUGGGUGAGGGAUCCGUGGCGCUCGAUGAGCUAUGCGGUGCGCGAUGUGGUGGUGUUAUUAGGGCUUGCAGCAGCGGCUGUGUACAUCAAUAGUUGGAUAGUGUGGUCGCUCUACUGGGUUGCCCAGGGGGCGAUGUUCUGGGCUCUCUUCGUUCUCGGCCAUGACUGCUUCAAUUCUGCGGCCCUGGGCAUGGGAGUUUCUGAAACGACCCAAAGCUUAACAGUGUGGUUGGGCAUUUGCUUCAUUCUUCCAUUCUUGUUCCUUACCACGGAUGGAGGAUUAGCCACCGGAUUCAUCACCAGAAUCAUGGGCUUGUUGAGAAUGAUGAAUCAUGGCACCCGUUGCCUAAUAACUCAACCAAGAAGCUUCGAUUCACAUCGUCAUUCCCUAUGUUUGGAUACCCCUUCUACCUGGUGACUAACAAACUAGACACCUUGCAGUUGACUACAGAGAAAUCAUUAUUUCAAUCAUGCUUAGACUUAAUCCUCUAUUCAUAACAGUAGGGGAGAAGUCCAGGGAAGUCCGGUUCGCAUUUCCACCCUAGUAGUGAUUUAUUUGCUCCUAGCGAGAGGAAGGAUGUUAUUACAUCAACUGUCUGUUGGACAGCAAUGUUGGUGAUCCUCACUGGUUUAACCUUUUUGAUGGGUCCUAUUCAGAUGCUUAAGCUUUAUGGUGUUCCAUAUUGGGUUGGUUUUUCUUCUUCUUUCCAUCUUGUUCUUCACGUGGCAAUUGGAUGAUGCUGAAACUAUUUUGGUUCCAAACACAGGUUUUUGUCAUGUGGCUUGAUCUUGUGACAUACUUGCAUUAUCAUGGACAUGAGGAGAAGCUGCCUUUGUUGAAGUAUAUACUGAAAGCCUAAGCUUUGUAAACAUUCAUUAUGAAUAAAGAAUCACAUUUGGUCAAA